GCCACCUCGGUAGCUCGCUAGCCGACAAAGUCGGAACAUUCAAGUUCUUUAGACAAUUUCGUGGUUUAAUUGUCACUGUGAUUUAAACAUACUUAUGUGGAUACAACUAGCUACCCCAUUUGAUGUAAUAUUUACGUUAUAAGUCAGCUAGCUGGCUGGUUAAGUUAGCACUAGUCUAGUCGCUAAUGCUAGCUAGCUAUUAUCCCCGACCAUGACUUCACUAAUCUACUCUCCUCCUGUUAAAGAAGAGGAGGUCUGUUGGUCGGAGAAAGAAGCUCUCGUGAAAGAGGAGGAGGAAGAGGAGGCUGUUACAAUACAAAAACAAGUAGAGGGUGAGGCUGUUACAGUGAAAGAUGAAGAGAAAGACGUUACAGAGAAAGAAGAGGAAGACGCCUUCAGAGUGAAAGAGGAGGAGGAUGUUACAGUAAAAGAAGAGGAGGAAGAGAAAGAGGAGGAUGCAGUUUUUGGAGUGGAGGAUGAAGUGAAAGAAGGUGAAGACGUUUUUGGAAUGAAGGAUGAAGAGGGGGAGAUUACUGUCACACUAGAGGAGGACGAAGAUGAGAAGACUGGAGAACUGAUUAACACCAGUAAAUACAGAGAGAGACGGGACUAUCGUGGAUCCUCUGGGGAUCCUCAGCAACAUCAUGAUGCUGACGAGGCAGAGAAGAGUCUCUCCAGAUCAGAACUCCUCAAGAAACACCUGCCGAGACCCACAGGGAAGAAAUCUCACUGCUGCUCUGACUGUGGGAAAAGAUUAAACUCCUCAGUAAAACUUAAAGUACAUCAAAGAAUUCACACUGAAGAGAAACCUUUUGGCUGUACUCAAUGUGGGAAGAGUUUUUUUCUUUCAAGCUGUCUGAAGAGACACCAGAAAACACACACAGGAGAGAAACCUUAUAGCUGUCAUCAAUGUGGAAAGAGUUUUACCCAGUCAAGAAGCCUGAUAUCACAUCAGAGAACACACACAGGAGAGAAACGAGAGAAACCAUAUAGCUGUACUCAAUGUGGGAAGAGUUUUGUUCGUUCUAGCAGUCUGAACGUACACCAUAGAACACACACAGGAGAGAAACCUUUUAGCUGUAAUCAAUGUGGGAAGAGUUUUAUUUCAUCUUGCCAGCUGAAGGUACACCAUAGAACACACACAGGAGAGAAACCUUUUAGCUGUAAUCAAUGUGGAAAGAGUUUUUAUAUAUCUAGCCAGCUGAAGGUACACUAUAGAACACACACAGGAGAGAAACCUUUUAGCUGUACCCAAUGUGGGAUGAGUUUUACCCGAUCAACAAACCUGAUAUCACACAGGAGAACACACACCGGGGAGAAACCUCAUAGCUGUGAUCAAUGUGACAAGAGAUACUCUGAUAAAAGAUCUCUGAUGAAACAUCAGAAAAUACAUGAAGGAGUUGUUUCAUGAUAUCAAUGAAAUAUUGUCACAAUGUAGAAUGUUUUAAC